AUGGCUGCCGGUGGAGCAGGAUGCGGGGACACGGUGGAGCAGUACCGGGUCGAGGUGGAGCGCCUGACCCGGGAGCUGGCGGAGGCCAACCGCGAGAAAGUCCGGGCGGCGGAGUGCGGGCUGGUGGUUCUGGAGGAGAACCAGAGCCUGAAGCAGCAGUACGCCGACCUGGAGGCCGAUCAGGAGGCGCUGAGGCUGGAGCUGGAGCAGCUGCAGGAGGCGUUUGGACAGGCCUACUCCACCCAGCGUAAGCUGGCAGAGGACGGGGAGACCAACGAGGAGACCCUGCUGCAGGAGUCUGCCACCAAGGAGGCGUACUACAUGGGCCGCCUCCUGGAGCUCCAGUCGGAGCUGAAGCACAGCCGGUCCACUGCCUCCAGCAUCCAGGCUGAGAACGAUCAUCUGGGCGCCCUGCUGCAGGAGCUCAGGGAGAGUAAUGAGAUGUUGGAGCUGCAGCGCAGCCGGAUCAGAGAGGAGAUCAGGGAAUACAAGUUUCGAGAGUCGCGGCUGCUCCAGGACUACACUGAGCUGGAGGAGGAGAACAUCUCUCUGCAGAAACUGGUGUCCACUCUGAAACAGAAUCAGGUGGAGUACGAAGGCCUGAAGCAUGAGAUCAAGGUCCUGGAGGAGGAGACGGAGCUCCUCAACAGCCAGUUACAAGACGCGGUGCGUUUGAAGGACAUCUCGGACACUCAGCUGGAGGAGGCUCUGGAGUCUCUGAAGAGCGAGCGCGAGCAGAAGAACCACCUGCGCAGGGAGCUGGUCCACCACCUCAGCAUGUGCGACGUGGCCUACACCGGCAGCGCCCACCUGACGUUCACCUCUGCCCCGCCCAGUGGCACCGCCACCCCAACGACUCUGCUCUCCCCAAACGCAGAAGAGCCAACAAGAUGUAACGGCCACCUCCAGGGUGGGACGGGAGUGGGGACAGCCGCGGGGUCGGCGCCCCGGGCUAACGGAGAGUGCCGAGGGCCGGGCCGGAAAGCCGAGGGGGCGGCGACGUCGGACCUGUUCAGCGAGAUGAACCUGACGGAGAUCCAGAAGCUGAAGCAGCACUUAAUGACAGUUGAACAUGAGAAAGCAUCCCUGAUGACGAGCCUGCAGGAGUCCCAGACUCAGCUCCAGCACACCCAGGGGGCCCUGACCGAGCAGUACGAAAAGACCCUCCGCCUUAGCCAGAAAGUCACUGCCCUCCGCCGCCUGCAUCGAAGGGCCCACCUCAGUCAGGAGGCCCAGGGCAGCGCCGCCUCCCAGCUCCAUCCCGAGUCCGAGAUGGAGCUAGGCAGAGACGAGGAGGAGGCAGAGGAGGAAGGAGGAGCAGAGGAAGACAAGAGCGAGACGCUCAGUAAAAGUCAGGUGUUUUCAUACCAAACGCCGGGUCUGGAGAUCCUGCAGUGCAAGUACCGCGUGGCUGUGACGGAGGUGGUGGAGCUAAAGGCGGAGGUGAAGGGUCUCCGUGAGAGGCUGGCUCAGGGCGCGGAGGGAGCGGCGGAGGCAAAGCCGAGGCAAAACGGCCAGCUCAAGAGACUGGAGAGGCAGGUGGCCUCUUUGGAGAAGAGCUGCCGGGAGGGACGCGAGAAGAUUUCUAGUCUGGAGUUGGAGUUGCAGGCAACUCAGUCGGCAGCCAACGAGAGCCAGGGGGCGCUGAACGCAGCUCAGGACGAGCUGGUGACGCUGAGCGAGGAGCUGGCCCAGCUCUACCAUCACGUCUGUCUGUGCAACAACGAGACGCCCAACCGCGUCAUGCUGGACUACUACAGACAAGGCAGAGGGCUCCGGGGCCUCAGUGCCAGUCUCAAAGCCAUGUCUUCGGACAACAGCAAAGUUCUCCUCACACCACGCCUUGCCAGGCGGCUGGCUGCUGUCGCUUCGACAACCUCAACUCCCGGGGAGUCGCGGAGCCCCUCGGAGUCUCCAUCCAAAGAGCCCCUGUCUGGGGAGGGUGGAGGGGAGGAGAAGGAGGGGGACAAGGAGGGCCUCCAGGCGCCACCCGAGCAGAACCUACCGGCCUGCACGCCUCCGACCCGGUCGCCCAGCAUCAGUGCCUCUUCGUCGUCAUCGUCGUCGUCAUCGCCCGCCCUGGAGCCAGCCGGUGAGCUGCGCAAGGAGCCCAUGAACAUCUACAACCUCAACGCCAUCAUCAGAGACCAGGUGAAGCACCUUCAGUGGGCAGUAGACCGAUCUCUGCAGCUGUCCAGACAGAGAGCCGCUGCCAGGGAACUGGCCCCUCUGAUGGACAAGGACAAGGAGAGCUGUAUGGAGGAGAUCCUGAAGCUCAAGUCUCUGCUCAGCACCAAGAGAGAGCAGAUAGCCACCCUCAGACUGGUGCUGAAGGCUAACAAACAGACAGCAGAGGUGGCUCUGGCCAACCUCAAGAGCAAGUACGAGGCGGAGAAGUCCAUGGUGACCGACACCAUGACGAAGCUAAGGAACGAGCUGAAGGCGCUGAAGGAGGACGCCGCCACUUUCUCCUCCCUGCGAGCCAUGUUCGCUACCAGGUGUGACGAGUACGUGACCCAGCUGGAUGAGAUGCAGAGACAGCUGGCUGCGGCCGAGGACGAGAAGAAGACUCUGAACUCCCUCCUCCGGAUGGCCAUCCAGCAGAAACUGGCCCUCACCCAGCGCCUGGAGGAUCUGGCUUUCGAUCAGGAGCAGACCCACCGCACCCGCGCGGGCAGGCUGACUCGCGGGAAGACCAGCACCCCCAAAGUAAGUCCCCCGUCCUUGGCUUCGGCCUCCAGCCUAUCCCAAGGCUCCGCUUCAGUUCUGGCCCCUGGCAGCCUCCCCGCUUCUGGCCUUACUAGUCCCACGUCAGUUGUUCCUGAUGAUCGCAGUGCGCCCCUUAGUCCAUCCAUGGUCAGUGCAGCUGCUGCAGCUCUUGCUUCAGCUCUUACCUCCCCUACCUCACACGCACCCCCUUGCAGUCCAUCCUCACCAGUGGUCACCUCACUGGCUGGCACUCUGGCGUCAGAGAGCCCCCCCUCCCUGGAGGCUCCCUCCGCUCCAUCGGCGCGGACCCCACCCUCAACCCCUCUGAGGCUGGCUCACUCCCAGUGGACCCUGGGGGUGCGGACGUUCAUGGUUGACUCCCAUAGUUUCAAUGUCAACAUUUCCCCCGCUCUGCCCCGUAGCUUGGGCCUCUCCAGACUCUUUACCACAGACGCACACACCUCUCCCUCCUCCACCAUCACCACCACCAACACCACCACCAGGCCCACCCAGCCAGGAUCUGCCCCCUCCUCUCCAUAUCGGUCCCCUAUUCUGGGGCAUAGGCGUUCCACGUGGAGUUCCUCACCCCGAACUCGGCCCCUCUCUAGUUUGACGCGCUCUUCUGCCCUCUACACCCCUUCCUCAUCCUCCCCUUACACCUCCCCCCACUCCUCUUCUUCGUCCCACAGCUAUUCCUCUGCCUUCUACACCUCCUCUCCAGCUUUUGCGUCCUCUAGCUCCUACCUCCCCUCUGGCACCUCCACCUCCUACAGCCACUCCACCCACUACACGCCCCUGUAUCCCAGAUACUACAGUUCUUACCGGCCCCGGCACUGA